AUGCAAAAGAUGACAAACGUUUUCAUAGUUAACAUUUCUAUGCGUAAAAUGACAUCAGAAGUGGAAUUAACUCUAAAAGCAUGAUUCAUGAAAUUAAAAAAUUUUUCAGAAGAAUGACUCAUUUCAACCCGAGAUGAUCCUAAGACAUAUAUUUUGCUUUAAAGAUACAAAAAAUACAGGUUUAUUAAUAUUUAACUCUUUGAAACAAAGAAAUUAAUUUUUAACUUUAUAGUUAACCGUAACUGAAAAAAAUUAACCGAUAGCCGUAAAAGAGCCAAAAUUUUAGCCGAUAACCGUAAUUGCCACCACCCUAUUGAGACCCUCUUAAAAAAUUCAGUGAUGAAAUCAAAUUUAAGAUGAAUAGAGAUUGAGUCUGAACACAGCAAAAUCAGAAGUUUUGUCUGUAGGAUCUAGACAGAGUUCUUCUCGUAUGUCUUGACCAUCACUGGAGGCGCCAAUGUACCUAAAGUAACAUCUACCAAAACCCUGGGUGUAUACAUUCAAUCAGGCGCUUACAUGGGCAACACAUAUAGAAGAGACAUCUAAAAAUUAAUCAGCGCAGUUGGAGCUCUUACACUUGUGAGACAGUUUGUUCACCUCUCGACCCUCCAGACAAUGGACAACCGUCUUUUAUCCAGCCGUUAUGGCAACGUUGUUUGGGAGGGUCUGGGCUCAGAACUAUAAUCAUGGACAAAAGUCUUGGGACACUUUUGCAUUUCUUGGGCGUUUUCCAAUUCACACAGGCCCAACCCCUCCGCUCAUCCCACAAAACAAUGUUGGACGAGUGUAUCCAGAUUUCUUUGCGAGUUUCAACUUUAAAGUUCUUUAUAUGCAAAAAUUGCGCUGCAAUUACAACAUAAAUAUAUGUAAUCCCUCUAAUUUCAAGAAAUUUUUUUCGCGCUCCCCACUAUUACGGACACUAAACCGCGGUCCCGAGGGUGUCCGCAAUAACGGGAGCUGCUGACUAUAUGACGAAAAAAAGCAAUUGGGUUUUAUAAUGGUGCAUUUAUUUGCAAUCAAUUAGCCAAGGAUCUGCGUAAAUGCCGAAGUCGAAGAAUUCAAUUAAAUCUAAUUUGGACGGCUUGUUUCCCAGCUUCUUUGAUUCUUUAUUAUGAUAUUUAGUUUAAGGAGGAUUUCUUAUCACAAAUUGUUUACUUAUAACUUUUCACUUCACUUAUAGACGCUCAUAACUCUGAGGAUAUAAGACGUCAGCUCACGGUCUAGAGUGUGUGGACCCGCAAUAACUCGAGUUGACUGGAAAACUAUCACCUAACAACUUCCUUCAUUUUCCCACUUAGAUUUGUCAGACGCUUCCGAAUGCACGGGAAACCCAUCCAUGCGCUAACUCUGUUGCUAGUUUCGAAUCAGACACCGAUGGAAAUACCGUCAUAAAUUAUAAGCCAACCAUUGAGAGGGCCACUUACUACAAAAGGUACUUUAGCACCAAGUUUGAAGUUAGCAAGUUUAAAGUAAUUUCGCGCCAUCAUGGCCGCAACGUUGUUUUAUUAAACCUGUGCUAAAACUACUACACAGGCUACCUGUUGCGGUUCAGGAUCCAAAAUAAAAUCCUACUGGAUGCUGAUGACUUUUAAAUGUCUAAAUGACACUGUUCCUGCUUAUCUUAAAGAUUUAAUUCACUCAUACACCAAACCGCAAUCUGCGAUCAACCUCAAAACACUACUUAGCACAUGAGCAAUCCCACCCGAAAAGUUAUGGUCUCAGAGUAUUUUCAGUUGCAGCACCCAUUUUCUGGAAUUCUCUCCCACGUAGGCUUAGAGACCAUUCAAAAUUUUCUAUAACCUCUUUUGAGAAAAAACUUAAAACACAUUUAUUUAAAAUAGUUUUUUAACAUGUAAAUUUUCUAUUGCUGAUUUACUUAUCCAUUUAUUAUUUUAACUAGUAAUAGUUGACACUACAGCUGCCCCCGUUUUGUAUGUUGUCGGUCAAUAGUAUUCUUGCUGGUUGUGUAGCUCUUUGAAAUAUACCGAUUCAUAAUGAAGAUUUUCACACAUAUUUCAUACAAUAGGUGAGAUAAAUACAGGAAACGCAAGGUUCCAUGCACAGUUUCAGCUCGAUUUACACAGCUUUGAUCAAAACAUUCUCAGUUUCGAGAAUAGUUUAUUCUAAACCAUAAGAAAAGAUUUAAUUAGAAGUUGAAUUUUUCGCUAUUUCUCUUUCCCUUUUUACAUUCAGUUCAUAUUAUUUGCUGGAAAGUAAGCCUUAGAAAUUAAAAGACGUUUGAUCGAUUCACGCUAGCGCAUUCUAGUCUUAUUUGAAACUUUGUAACGGAAGGACAUCUGUGAGCAGGGAAUAGGUCAACACAGAAUUUGAUUGUCGGCGAAUUUCUGUAAAUCUCAAUCAAUCUGCUAGUGAUAGCCGUUGUUCACUCGUCUUGCUUGUUUGGGGCUGAGUCUUAUUCCGGUCAAAGAGAGAGAAAGAGUGUCUGGCAAGGUUUCCAAUAUAAAUCAAAGAUUUGUGAACUCGUUUCCGGCAAACUCUCCAAGUGUUUAUAUAUCUACACAGUUAAACGCACCUUAUAACCUCCCCUGCGCUUAACGAGUGUCUUUUGGUCCAUAACUUUAAAAAGCAACUGCUCCACAGAAUGUCACUGCGUAACGCAAAAGAGUAUCGAAGUAUGACUGCACAAUAAAUGUCACAAAAUCAACCUGAGCGGUCCCUUCGGGAUUUUCUGUCGUUACGUCAUCCUAACCAUUUCGUACUUGCGGGCGCAAACAAUAGAAACGUCAUCAUUACCUACCGAUUCCUCGCGGCCCCAGUUCGAGCAAAUCGAGAUUUUUUCUAGUAUACUGACUGUAUAUUUGAACUGUAAGUACUGUCCUUAAUAUACGCGCGAGUUACUAGGGUGCCUCCUCGGGAUUUCGCCUCUGGGCGAAAUCCCUGCAGGGGCAAUAAUUCUACAUAACUAUAAUUUUAUUGUAAAGCGCUAAUGAACUUUACAGGGUAGCGCUAUAUAAGUGUUACUUAGGGACGGACCAUUAGAAAAGUGAUGGGGGGGGGGUGGGGAAUUUUCAGCUUGCACGAAUUUUUUUUUUUUCGCUCACUGCUUGUGCAGGAAUUUUUUUUUUCAGGUGAACCCCUCUGCACGAAUUUUUUUUUUCAGACAAAUAUUGCUUUUUUUGAACAGUUAAAUCUUGAUUCAUUAUCUAUGUUUUUGUGCUUUAUAAAUUAUUCUACACUCACAAAAGAUCAAAGGAUACAGGCCACUUUAAUGCAAAAUCUUUUCGAAAAUGUACACACAGUGAGAGAGGAGGAAGCCACUUGGAGUGGACGGCUUCCCUGCGCAUUUUUUCAGUCCCUGCCCUCUGGAAUUCCUCUCCCCCAGCCAAUGGUAAAUAAAUAGUGACAGUUCACAGAUCCCGCAAGCGUGUCGCAUGAAUGUAAUUACUUAUCUACACGUAGCGGUUAAAGAGAUUAACUACAGUUUGGCUCUAACCAGUAUAUCUCUUAAUGAAAUGCCUCUCUUAUAAGAAAUAAUUGGAGGUUCUUUAAACAUUUCUUUAAGUUUAGGUUGUGAUUCUAUAAGAUGCCAUUUCUCCAUUAAAAUGUGUUUAAGGUAGGCACAAAUGGGUUGUAUUGCGUUACAAGGGGCAAUAUUUCUUUUUGCACUCUUGUAUUAUCCUUAAGAGCUUUCUUUCUGUGAGAGAAUUUUACUUCCGAGAGUGUUUAGUCUAUAAGGUUGUUCGGGUAGCCUCUCGUUCGAAGGCGUAGUUUGAAUAUUCUUAUGUUUUCUACGAAAGUCUCUUCUGAAGAGUUAGUAUGGUAAAUAAGUAGUGACAGACCAUUCACAGAUCCCGCAAGCGUGUGAAUGGCCUGUCACUAUUUAUUAACCAUGUCACCCACCCGGAGUCAAAAAAGGCUUCGUAAAAGGUGAAGGCCUGAGACUACUAAGAACUAACUCUUCAGAGGAGACUUUCGUAGAAAGCAUAAGAAUAUUCAAACUACGCCUUCCAGCGAGAGGCUACGUGAACAACCUUAUAGACAAAACACUCUCGGAAGUAAAAUUCUCUCACAGAAAGAAAGCUCUUACGGAUAAUACAAGAGUGCAAAAAGAAAUAUUGCCCCUUGUAACGCAAUACAACCCAUUUGUGCCUACCUUAAACACAUAAUUUUUAAUGGAGAAAUGGCAUCUUAGGGAAUCACAACCUAAACUUAAAGAAAUGUUUAAAGAACCUCCAAUUAUUUCUUAUAAGAGAGGCAUUUCAUUAAGAGAUAUACUGGUUAGAGCCAAACUGUAGUUAAUCUCUUUAACACUACGUGUAGAUAAGUAAUUACAUUCAUGCACCACGCUUGCGGCAUCUGUGAAUGGCCUGUCACUAUUUAUUUACCAAAUUCUAAUAUUUAUUUAUUACAAAUUUUAUUUUAUUGUUUUCAUUAUAAUACAGUAUACAGUGUAUGUUGUAGGUACACUAGCUGCAAUUUAAAACAAAAACAAGGUUCUAAUUGUCUCCUUUCAGUAAGAAGAAAGUGAUUUUUGUUUAUUCAUAUUGUGCCUGGUAAGAUUGUUGAUUUCUGAAACUCAGACUUUCUGAAAAAGUCACAAUUGGACCUUCCUUCUGCAUGAAUUUUUUUUCUAUACCUUCUUCUUUGCAUGAAUUUUUUUUCUUGGCAUUUUCCCUUGCAUGAAUUUCUUUUCUUUUUUUUCGUCGACAAAACGAAUAGAAAUAUAUCGCUCUCCGAGUCUUCCGCCAUUUUUUCUGCGUCAAUUCGUGAAGAACGCGUAGCUCUGAGCGUGGGUCAUCCACGCGGAACACAUUCGCGCUAUGUGAUUGGCUGUUGCCUCAUCCCUCUUGGGAUCUGUGUGUCUUAAAAAUAACUCGAGGUAAAUUACCUAUGGAAUAGGGUGUGUAUGGGGAUGCCUUCUCUGUCCCCUUUAUUCUCUCUUGUUAUGUAUAACAUAAUUUUCACCAAUUAUGGUGCUCAAUUUUGCCGGAGAGUGGAUUCUUGCUGUGCAAUUCAUGAUGAAAUCUUGGUAUAAAUUAAUUCAUAAACAAAAUAAAAAGCAUGUGCAUGUUAAUACUGUGGAACACGUCAUCACACAAAUACCAAGAUGUUCAUAUGAAUAUCGGCGUGAAUUUAUAAUGAAACUGUAGUGUUUGAUUUGAGUUGCUGAGUUUCGUUUCAACCGAAACACUGACUUGAUGUGAAGAUUAGAGUAGACAAUUUACCCAGUGAUGUUUAAAAUCAUUUAUUUUAUUUCAGGACCUUCAAAAUUACUCAAAAAUGUGAUCCUAACAAGUUUCCAGGCUACACAGAUGGUGUUACAGAAGAUUACACAUACAAAGCUUCAAAAUAUGUAUGAAUGAUAGUUAGCUUUAUUUUAAAAUGAAAAACCAUUUACUUUGAGGCGGUCAUCUUUGAACCAGCUCUGUGGAGUAUAGUGGCUAUGAAAAGCUGGCUACAUAUUAAACAUAUGGUAUCAUGUUAAAGUGCUGCUGAAGAGGAGAAUGCUAACACCAUAGUAUUUUAAGGCAACUCAAAACAAAGAAAAUUGUCAACUACGUAUGCGCAAUGUAUGCAGUAUCCUGGAAACCGUACAACAACCUGUGAAACGGUUUGUUUGAACAGCGGUUGACCUACCAAAAACAUAUACUGCGCAUGCCCACGUGAAUGUCAAAUCAACGUACCUUGACUUCACUGUGUCCCAUUUUUGUUUACUAAUUUUCCUCUCUCCUCAGAAACACGUGAUAGUCAGGCUAAGUUCGUGGAAAAGCAGGGUGUUUGCAGUUUUUCAUAGCCUGUUCAGUUACUUGUAGAAAGAAAAAAUAGUUAUUUGUAUGCGACAAAAUUCACCCGAGACAAUAUAUGCUGUAAUUAAAACACCAUUUCAUUUUUUUUCUGAAUUUGGCAGUUGACUGCAGAAUUCACUCCCUUGGUCUUUUCAAAACCAUUUUAAAAUUGUACUGUCUAGACAGCCCGCAUUUCUUCUAACAUGAUUUAUCACACACGAUCGAAUCAGCACAUGUUUAUCUUAGCUUUAGUAUUUUCUUUCGUAAAUGUAUGUGGGAUAUAAUACAGUAAAGCAUUUCACAGUUAUAAACUUAACUGACUUUUGUUUUCAAUUACAGAGUAUGGUGUUUUCUACAAAAUGCGCGUGUGAUGACGCUUGUGCCUCUAAUAACGAUAAUCCUGCUCAAAACAGCAAUGGACUCAGUACUGGAAGUAUUAUAUAAAUAGUGUAAGUAACCGAUAAUGCUCAUCCUUUCAAAAGUGAUUGCCGCAACUAAGUAGUGAAGAAAGAUGUGCUAUAAUGACGUGAUUUUGCUUUGUAAUGCAUGGUCUCGUAUUCAGGCAGAGAUAAAUCUACUCAUGGAGAGAAGCUUUCUAUAAAAAAUGUUAAUGCGACAUGUAUUCCCAUCAAUAAAAUUCAAAAAUUCGUUGCCAGUCAAGGAUAGCGAGAUAUCAUACUUACAUUUACGUUAAACUGCUAAUUUUACUUCGCAUUAGGUGGGUAUGAGUGUCAAUUUCAUCAUUCCAAAGCUGCAGGACAUAUUGUUCGGACCCAGGCUAUGGAUAAUAUUUGCAUAAAAACAGAUUUCAACGGAUUCGGUGGGGUUUUUUGAACGAACCAAUUAAAUAUCGUCCAACACGUUAGCAGCAUGGGAAACCCCACUUAGCUUAUUGUUCAUGCAAAGUGGAAUCUAGUGGAACGUCAGUGAAAACCCCAAGCCUCUUUCAUAGUAUUCAAGAGGUGUUAUGACGCUUUCAGAACGGCGGGGUUUUUCUAACGACAUGAUGACAGAUGAAUGAUCGACCCAAACAAUGUUUUUAGCCCUUAAAUCAACAACAUUAAGGUGUGUUGUCAAGGACAAUGAAGAAAACUCUUUCCUGUAUAUCUUCUGUUGUUGUGCAAAUUUUCCUGGUAUUAUCAUCAUCAUAAUUAUCAUUAUCGUCAUCAUCAUCAUCAUCAUCAUUAAUUAAGAUAAUAAGGCAUACACUUAUCCAGUUUAUUAUUGGGUGAGCUGUUCAAAUGUUUGCAAACAAGUUUUCACGUAACGAAUCCCAGCUAAGAACAGACAAAAUGUUUCAUGGUGCUGGUUAAAACACGUUUGAACAGACUGAAACUUGAUACUACACCGUCAACCCUAGUCUCCUUCGCAGCCGUUAUUAGGGUCGUCACGCAACGCUCCUCCCCAUUAACGCCGUUGGUGGGGAGGAGCGUUGCGUGACGACCCUUAUAACGGCUCCAAAGGAGACUACGUCAAACCAAGAUUUUCAACGUAUUCCUCCCUUAAGGAGGUAUAUUUUGGGGCCCGUUCCAUUUGUAACAUAAAAUUUGUUUAUUAACUGUAUCAGUCUUACAUAUACACUUUUUUUCCAGAUUCUUUGUGUUACUCUUCGUUUAUUUGGUGGCUGGAAUUCUCAUUAAAUGGUACAAAAUGGAAGUUGAGACCGUACCAGAGGUGAUACCUAAUUACGAGUUCUAG